ACAGGAUAUCAACUCCCUGCAGAGACAACUAGAGGAGAACCAGAGGAAGCUGUCCCAGCUGACUCCAGAACAGCAGAGACUCAGUGACAAACUGAAGGACAUGGCCCUCAACAACCUGCCAGUCUCCACCAUAUCCACUCUCAAACGCAGCACCAGCCAGAAGGAUGGAGCCUGUCGGGACCUGAAGCAACAGCUGGAUGCUCUGGAGAAAGAGACGGCUGCUAAACUGGCUGACAUGGAUCAUUACCUGAAGGACAUACAGGAACUGAGAGAGAACCAGCGGAAACAGCAGUCGGCUCUGGAUAAACUACGGAGCAUCAAAGAGGACAAAGGGAGAGAACUGGAGAGACAGAGGGAGCAGGAGGAGAGGAAGAGGAGGGAGGUGGAGGAGGAGAGGAAAAGGAGGGAGGAGGAGGAGAGGAGAGAGGAGGAGGAGGCCAAAAGGCGUAUUAAGCUCCAGAAGGAGCGUCAGUGGCAGGAGAAGCUGAAGAGAGAGGAGGAGGAGAGACAGAGGAGGCUGCAGGAAGAAAGAGAGGCCAAACUGAGAGAGGAGGAGGAGAAGGAGACACAAGCCCGCCUCUUAGCUGCUAAAGAAAAGGUAGAACGAGAAAGCAGAGAGGAGGAAGAGGAGAGGAAAAGGAGGGAGGAGGAGAGAAGACAGGAGGAAGAAGAGAGGAAGAGGAGGGAGGAAGGGGAGAGGAAGAGGAGGGAGGAGAGGGAGGAAGAGGAGCGGAAGAGGUUAGAGGAGGAGAGGGAGGAAGAGAAGAAAAGGCAGGAAGAGGUGGAGAGCAAGAGGUGUGAGGAGGACAAGAAGAGAUUGAAGAGGAAGGAUGAGGAGAGGAGGAGGCAGCAGGAGGAAGAAGCGAAGAGGAAGCUGGAGGAGGAGAGGAGAAGCAGAGAGGAGGAGGUGGCGGCGUUGCGCCAGCAGGGGCGUGCAGGGAAAACAGACAUCCACGACAAACUGUCAGCCCUUCUUGGAGGACUAGAGGAGAGGAAAGGCGGUCUGAAACCCCAGGCCACAGAGCACAGGAAGUCUGCGAUGCUCACUUGCUUCCGGGCGCUCUACCCUUUCACCGCUCGCAACCUGGAAGAACUCAGCUUUGAAGCCGAUGAGGUCAUUGAGGUGGAUGAGAGUACGGAGCGAGAGCAGGGUUGGCUGUUCGGGAGUCGUCAGGGGAAGAUGGGCUGGUUCCCAGAGAGUUAUGUAGAGAGACAUUUCAAAUCAGAGAGACCUGCUACUGUUACUACCACUGCACAGGCCCUCAAACCACAGCUCUCCACCCCCAUCAACACAGGGAAACCCGGGGGAGAUGCUUCUAUGUCAACAGGACAGAACUCCGCCUUCACGCCUACACACGCCCCUCACCCCACCCCCUCGGAGCAGGUACAGGUGGUGGGUAACCUGCAGGCCCAGGCUCGGUGUUCAUGGACAGCUAAGACAGAGAGCCAUCUAAACUUCAGUAAGGAUGAUUUGAUCUGGGUGCUGGAGCAGCAGGACAGCUGGUGGCUGGGGGAGCUCAACGGGGUUCAGGGCUGGUUCCCCAAAACAUACGUCACACUCCUGGGAGACAAUGACAACACCACUGCCCUGACGUAUUCUCCCCCAAAUGAAGUGGAGGCCUCAGAUGCUGCUCAACUGGAAGAGUACAUGGCGCUGUACACCUAUGAGAGCCCAGAGCAUGGCGACCUGACGUUUAGAGAGGGUGAUGUGAUCCUGGUGACCCAGAGAGAGGGAGAGUGGUGGAGUGGAGGCAUCGGAGACCGCACUGGAGUGUUCCCUUCUAACUACGUCAAACCCAAAGAGACCGACACAUCCAGCAGCCCAGGGAAGCCAGGACAGCCUGGGAAGAAGCCAGAGUUAGCCCAGGUGAGCAAUGCCUACACGGCCACAGGAACAGAGCAGCUCAGCCUUGCACCAGGACAGCUCAUCCGCAUCCUCAGCAAAGAUUCCUCCGGCUGGUUGCUCGGAGAACUGCAGGCGCGAGGAAAGAAGCGUCAGAAGGGUUGGUUUCCUGCCUCACAUGUCAAGAUGCUGGGAUCUAACAGCGGCAAGUCCACUCCAGCACCUCUACCAGUGUGUCAGGUCAUUGCCAUGUACGACUACAAAGCAGCCAACGAGGAUGAGAUGAGCUUCUCCAAAGGUCAGAUGAUCAGUGUGUUCGACAAGAACGACCCCGAUUGGUGGAAAGGAGAGGUCAAUGGGAUCACCGGUCUGUUCCCAACCAAUUACGUCAAGAUGACCACCGUUGACUCCGAUCCCAGCCAGCAAUGGUGUGCUGACCUAAACAGUCUGGAGUCUAUGAGUCCCCAGGAGAGGAAGAGACAGGGUUACAUCCACGAGCUCCUCCAGACAGAGGAGAGAUAUGUAGAGGACUUACAGAUAGUCAUGGAGGUGUUCCAUAAGCCCAUGUCUGAGUCUGGCCGUCUGACGGAAGCAGAGAUGGUCAUGAUCUUUGUCAACUGGAAGGAGCUCAUCGCCUGCAACACCAAACUGCUGAAGGCCCUGCAGGUACGUAAGAAGACGGGGGGCAUCAACAUGCCUGUCCAGGUUAUAGGGGACAUCUUGGCAUCAGAGCUGCCUCACCUCCAGCCUUACAUCCAGUUCUGCUCCUGUCAACUCAACGGAGCGACCCUGCUACAGAGUAGGACUGACAACCAACAGGACUUUAAAGACUUCCUCAAGAAAAUCGCCACAGACUACCGCUGUAAAGGCAUGCCCUUAUCCAGCUUCCUGCUGAAGCCCAUGCAGAGGAUCACACGCUACCCUCUACACAUCAAGAACAUCCUGGAGAGUACCCAGGAGGAGCAUACAGACUACGGGCCCCUGAGAGAGGCUCUGGAGCGGGCUGAGGAGCUGUGUACUCAGGUCAACGAGGGGGUCAGGGAGAAGGAGAACUGUGACAGGCUGGAGUGGAUACAGUCACACGUACAGUGUGAGGGAGUCACAGAGAACCUGGUGUUUAACUCUCUGACUAACUGCCUGGGGCCUCGUAAGCUGCUCCACAGUGGGAAGGUGUAUAAGAUGAAGGGCAAUAAGGAGCUGUGGGCUUUCCUCUUUAACGACUUCCUGUUGCUCACCCACGCUGCCAGACAGUUCAGCUCCUCGGGACUGGACAGACUCUUCACCAGCAAGAACAGCACACAGCUUAAGAUGUACAAGCCGCCGGUGUUCCUCAACGAGAUUCUAGUGAAGCUGCCUGACUCCUCCAGUGAAGAGCCCUUCUUCCACAUCUCCAACAUAGACCGAGUCUACAGCCUCAAAACAGAGAACAUCAACGAGAGGACGGCCUGGGUCCAGAAGAUCAAGGCUGCGUGUGAGGACUUCUUCCAGAUGGACAAGAAGAAGAGAGCAAAGGCCUACCAAUCUCGUUCUCUGAAGGCCAGUGGAAUCGGCUGUCUGUUAGUCACCGUCCUGGGGGCCACUGAACUGAAGUCCAGCAAACCCAACGGUAAGAGUAACCCUUACUGUGAGGUGACCAUGGGAGCUCAGAACUACACCUCCAAGACUCUGAGUGACACAGUCAACCCCAAGUGGAACUUUAACUGUCAGUUCAACAUCAGAGACCUGUACCAGGAAGUGCUCUGUAUCACCAUCUUCCAGAGGGAGCAGUUCUCCCCUGACGACUUCCUGGGUCGUACGGAGGUUCCCGUGGCAACCAUAAAGGAGGAGUUGGAGAACAAGGGGCUAGUGACACGCCGCUUGCCGCUCCAUGAGGUCCCCACUGGAGAGGUGUGGGUCUGCCUCGACCUGCAGCUCUUCCAAAACAGUGCAUCCAAAUAAGGACAUCCUGGCCAACACUGGACGCCCAAAUAAGGCCUUCUUGACCUGCAGCCACAUGGGGAGGGACUUGUUAUAUAAUGUAUCUAACUGCUGGUCUUGGGUCAGAUACUUAUUAAUCCUGCUAAUGGUUAAGGUUGGGAUCUGGGCUUGGGCUGGGGCUAACUUUUACCUGGAGCUGCAAUGGUGAUGGGGAACCCUCCCUCCUCGUCUGAGGUCAGACCAUUCUUGGCAAUGAUCUGAGGACAGUUUAGUCUUUUACACGCUGGUGUGUGACUGGUGGUGAGCACGGUUUGGUUAGUGUGAAGCUGAUCCUAGAUCUGUAGUGGUUCUACUUGUAUCAGCACUAACACUGAUGGCCUGUCUAUGCUCUCCUCUGCUACGGACUGGCUCCUCAUUCUGCCAAGUUUUUAUUUUGUGAACUCAACCCAGGCCAAUGUUGGGCGAAACUAUUUAUUUAGUGAAGGAUCGUCGUCUUAACUCUAUAUUUGUUCAAGCUAAGAUGUUGUUUGGGAAGGUAAAUACCAGGUCAAAUGGGGAGGGAGGUUAGGUGUUUCCUGCCAUGAAGGGUCUCACGUCCAGCGAUAAACGAUCUCAGGACUUGUUUUCCCUGCUGGGCGUUUUAUAUUACUGCAUCAUAACCGGCUGCUUUUCUUAGAACUCAGUCUGGUGGCACAGAUCUCCUAAUUAACGGUAGUUUUAAAACCAACUCUCUUUCUUUGCAGUAUGAAUGUUCUGUCGACCUUAAGGAGAUCUUGUUCUUUAGUUGUGGUGUAGUUGCUUCAGAAACACUCUAAAAGGAAAACGGGUCUUUAGUUGUGGUGUAGUUGCCUCAGAAACACUCUAAAAGGAAAACGGGUCUUUAGUUGUGGUGUAGUUGCCUCAGAAACACUCUAAAAGGAAAACAGGUCUUUAGUUGUGGUGUAGUUGCCUCAGAAACACUCUAAAAGGAAAACGGGUCUUUAGUUGUGGUGUAGUUGCUUCAGAAACACUCUAAAAGGAAAAUGGGUCUUUAGUUGUGGUGUAGUUGCCUCAGAAACACUCUAAAAGGAAAACGGGUCUUUAGUUGUGGUGUAGUUGCCUCAGAAACACUCUAAAAGGAAAACGGGUCUUUAGUUGUGGUGUAGUUGCCUCAGAAACACUCUAAAAGGAAAACGGGUCUUUAGUUGUGGUGUAGUUGCCUCAGAAACACUCUAAAAGGAAAACGGGUCUUUAGUUGUGGUGUAGUUGCCUCAGAAACACUCUAAAAGGAAAACGGGUCUUUAGUUGUGGUGUAGUUGCCUCAGAAACACUCUAAAAGGAAAACGGGUCUUUAGUUGUGGUGUAGUUGCCUCAGAAACACUCUAAAAGGAAAACGGGUCUUUAGUUGUGGUGUAGUUGCCUCAGAAACACUCUAAAAGGAAAACGGGUCUUUAGUUGUGGUGUAGUUGCCUCAGAAACACUCUAAAAGGAAAACGGGUCUUUAGUUGUGGUGUAGUUGCCUCAGAAACACUCUAAAAGGAAAACAGGUCUUUAGUUGUGGUGUAGUUGCCUCAGAAACACUCUAAAAGGAAAACGGGUCUUUAGUUGUGGUGUAGUUGCCUCAGAAACACUCUAAAAGGAAAACGGGUCUUUAGUUGUGGUGUAGUUGCCUCAGAAACACUCUAAAAGGAAAACGGGUCUUUAGUUGUGGUGUAGUUGCCUCAGAAACACUCUAAAAGGAAAACGGGUGUUUAGUUUUACUCCACUCCUCCUUUUCAUAAAGAGGUUUAGACUGCAGGAACAUGUGUUUCCGUUUCGCUUUUUAAAUCAUAGUGAAUAAGAUGAUAUGGACCUGAUCCUAGAUCAGCACUAGCUUGGUCCCAGAUCUGUUUGUGUUUUUGCCUACUCCAAUGUCAUUGUCAAGUCAGACUUCAUGUUCUGCAUGACGAUUCCAUAAGGAGUUGGCCAGAGAGCAGUAACAGCUAGAUCUGCACUGCUAUUCUGAGACACUCAGUGAAUAUGGACCCAGAAGCCUCCAGUGGCUCUAUAACCACUAGCUCCACCCAGGGGUGUGGUCACAGAAGCCUCCAGUGGCUCUAUAACCACUAGCUCCACCCAGGGGUGUGGUCACAGAAGCCUCCAGUGGCUCUAUAACCACUAGCUCCACCCAGGGGUGUGGUCACAGAAGCCUCCAGUGGCUCUAUAACCACUAGCUCCACCCAGGGGUGUGGUCACAGAAGCCUCCAGUGGCUCUAUAACCACUAGCUCCACCCAGGGGUGUGGUCACAGAAGCCUCCAGUGGCUCUAUAACCACUAGCUCCACCCAGGGGUGUGGUCACAGAAGCCUCCAGUGGCUCUAUAACCACUAGCUCCACCCAGGGGUGUGGUCACAGAAGCCUCCAGUGGCUCUAUAACCACUAGCUCCACCCAGGGGUGUGGUCACAGCCGGAGUGGCUCUUAUUUGUUUUCAUCUAUGUGACUAUAACUAUGCAGAGGUUUGAAUCAGCCUUUCAUCACAGCAUUAUAAUCAGUGUCUGAAUAGUCUUAGUAGCCUUUCAUAUUUUACCACAUGAACAAAGAAAGGAUCGUGAGAAUAGUCUUUGAAGGAUAAGACUCCAUUGAACUAAUAUAUGUUAAACAUUUAUUUUUAAUAAUAAUCAUAAAAAAAUGUGUAAGAAAGGAAUGGACAUGAUUUAGCUGGACAGCUACAUUAUACUGAUCUACCAGAGAUGUUCUUCUUAAAUCAUUGUUUUAAUUUAAGCUGCACAAGUCUUCUAUUGGGCUGUUAUUCAUUUGAGGUUGAACUGUAAGUCCUGUGGUGUGUCGAUUUUAACUCUGUGUACUGAUUUACUGUGCUAACAAGAGUGCAUAACUCUGUGUACUGAUUUACUGUGCUAACAGAGUGCAUAACUCUGUGUACUGAUUUACUGUGCUAACAGAGUGCAUAACUCUGUGUACUGAUUUACUGUGCUAACAGAGUGCAUAACUCUGUGUACUGAUUUACUGUGCUAACAGAGUGCAUCCUACUGCCUGAUAUGCAGCGUGUUCACAAUGGGCACAGCACUCACUGAUUCUGGGUUCUCUGAGGAUAAUAAAAGGUGUGUAAAACAAACCGGCUAA